UCUUAUGCAGGAGUGAAAAUAGGUAUACCUAGAAGCAGUUUUGUUUGUUUUUUUGUUUUUUUUUUUUUAGAAGCAGAUUUUAAAAGCAGUUUCUCUUCAAAUCAUCUUUCAUACCACCUGAUAAGCAUCUUGAUUCACCAUGGCAUUGGCAGCAGUAAAAUGGGCUAUAUCAAGCAGAACUAUCUUGAAACAUUUAUUUCCAAUUCAAAAUGGAGCCUUAUAUUGUGUUUGUCAUAAAACUACGUAUUCUUCUCUUCCAGAUGACUAUAAUUGCAAAGUAGAGCUUGCGUUGACAUCUGAUGGCAGGACAAUAGUAUGCUAUCACCCUUCUGUGGACAUUCCGUAUGAACACACAAAACCUAUCCCUCGGCCAGAUCCUGUGCAGAAUAAUGAAGAAACACAUGAUCUAGUGCUGAAAACCAGAUUAGAAGAAAAAGGUGAACACUUAGAGCAAGGACCCAUGAUAGAACAACUUAGCAAAAUGUUCUUUACUACUAAGCACCGUUGGUAUCCUCGUGGACACUUAUCCUUCAGAUCUAAACUCCAGCAACAGCUGCCCACCUUCCCCAUUAAGGUGAAGGGUUGGAAAUAUUUCUGCCUCAUCAAACAGCCUCAAUUCCAGAGAGACACCCAGACAGAACAUCUGCCAUUGGUUGAUGUCAUCACUGCCACCUAAAAGAACAAUUUUCUACAGUGAUGGAGGUUCUGUGAUGUCACUGGGAUUACAAAAGCUGGCAAGGAAAUCUGCUAUCAGCACUUAUCACCGGAAAUUACAAAGGAAAUUAGUUGUAAGCUUUCUAAGAAAGGACUGUUCAGUGAAACUAAACUUUUUUUUUUCUUAAUUUAUUAUACAGCAAGUCUUUCCUCUUUCUACAGAGAGAAUGCCCUACAACUUCAGGAGACUAAAU